GCAAAUGAUUGAAGUUCUGACAUUACAGGGUAUGAUUGUAAAGUUAUUUACAGUAUACAUCACAAUAUCGUUUAUGAUCAUAUCAGGAGUUCAGGAAAUCAAGUCAUUGGCUACAUGGAAUACCAAUUUACAAGCUCCCCCAGUAAGCCUACAGUCGCCCCAACUCCAUUCCUGACUACUACAGGAACCCCCAACACAAUACUUGGAACUGUACUCAUUAACAUCUCUUUGAUCUUUGAGAAUUUGAUCAACCUUCCUACUCGGGACAUGGUCCUUAAGGCUGCUAUUGUGAACUUAAAAACAAAACUCAGAACAGCACGUGAUAUUACGGCCCAAAAGCUGAAUGAGCCUAUUGUUACAAAGAACCUCACCUAUUAUUCAACGGGGAGCAACUCAUUUCUUUUAAAUGUGGAAUUCAAGAUCCACGAUGUUUCUUUUUCUGCUCAGUGUAAUGCAAACAUCGACAACAGCACCUACACUGCAAUACAGCAAGAAAUCAACGCCCUGAUGACUGCAUUGCUGAGUGCUCCACAAACCACAACGAUUAGCUUCCCAUCCGCAAACUACACGUGUAACAAAACUCAACUAGAGAUCGUGGCUAAUCAAACUUAUAGGUAUAAAGAGGGUGAUAUUCCAUUCCCAAGUUCUUUUCUUUAUACACUACUCAAAGAAAGUGGUCUGGUAUACUAUACCAUGGCUCCUCUUGUGACCAUUCAGCCAACUCCAAACCCUGAAAAUGGCACCUCCAAUGUUGCAUGGAUUCUGGGAUUCAUUAUCCCUAUUGCUAUAUUGCUCAUUCUUUUGCCAUGUUGGAUCCUACUCUGUUGUAUUCUUUGUGGGUGCUGUGCAGGAGUUAGAAAACGCUGGAGCAGACGACGGUCAUACAAUGUUCGGUCAUAUGAUGCUCAGUAUCAAACUCACAACAGCCUCUUCUAAACCUUAAUAAGACAUUCUCACGUGUAGUUUUCAAUUUACACUUUCUUAGUCUUUCUUUAUGGACAAAAGCAGAUGCUUUAAGACAUGAUUUUUCAUACUACAUGUAUGUAAUUAAGUCAAUAUUAAAUCUGUUAAUUCUCUGAAGUAUCUCUAACACUUUAAUGCUUUCUACUUUGUAUUGCAUCCUGUUCCUGUAUUGCUGGAAUUAUACAGGAUAUAUAAAUAAAUUAAAUUCAACAUUUAGGAAUAUGCAAUAUUACAAGAUAUUUUAAUUUAUUUUUCUAAUUUAUUUUCAAAUAGUAUUUCAUGUUAAUUUAUUAAAUUACUCAAAUAGAAAUAGCACUGUACAUUUCAUUUCAAAUAGUGGGAUGUUAUAUCUGUACAACUGUAUUAUUUACCUAAAUAAUUAGUAUGCACUUUAUCAGUAUGUCAAAUAACCACUGUGCCAAAUGUUCUAUUAUGUACUCAUGCUAUGUAUUAUCAAUGUCUUUAAAAAUAUAUUAUCCUCAUUAAUUGCCAAAAAAUACCUCACCUUAAUGUUUUCUUU